AUGUCAUCCGACCCGGCAGCGACAUAUUAUGCAGCAUUCUGCGCCAUCUCGGUCUUGACUUUGAAACUCAUCAAUGAGGAGGUUACAGACCCUUACAUGGAUGAACCCUUCCACGUCCCGCAGGCGCAGGCGUACUGUGAGGGCGAUUACUGGACCUGGGAUCCAAAAAUUACCACUCCUCCUGGACUUUACGUCUUGAGUGUAAUACUGAAGCGAAUAUUCAUGUUCAAAUGCAACUUGCCAAUGCUUCGGCUCACACCCCUUCUAUUUCUCCUCGUGUUACCAAUUGUACUAGCACGCCUCUUGUGCUUUCACCAGCGCGAGAGGCUACCACAGUCCUUGCUCGUGCCUACGACAGAAGCUGUUAUUUUAUCGGCUUUCCCCAUCGCGUGGUUCUUCGGAUUCCUAUAUUAUACUGAGGUGCCCAGCCUUGUGUUCGUUGUGGCAACGGUGGUGGCAUCCGCGCAGAAGCGGCAUUGGUUAGCUGCUUUGCUAGGUGGUAUUAGCUGUACAUUUCGUCAGAACAACAUAGUUUGGGUGAUGUACGCCUAUGCGUGCAGCCAGCUGAUGCACUUGCGCUUUCGGCGUGCCCCCCCUGGAUCGCAAUCGCUAGCCAAGCUCCAUGACCCGCCAGCACUUGCCGCUAGUCCGAUGGACCUUCUUCAUUCGGCUCGGACUUUGCCAGGAGUGAUUCCCGAGAUCCUGCCUUCCUUCGUCCCGUACGCAUUGGUGUUGGUGGGUUUCGGCGCCUUUAUCGUUUGGAACGGUGGAAUAGUUCUAGGCGAUAAAUCAAACCACAUCCCCGCUUUACAUGUUCCGCAAUUAUACUACUUCACAGGAUUCGCGACGAUCUUUGGAUGGCCCGCCUUGAUUACUGGGAAAGGUGGACUGCGAGGAUUGGCCAGAGAUAUUUGGGGACGGAUGUUCGGCAAUAAGAGGAGCACAUUUGUGACAGCUCUGGUAGCCAUUGCAAUGAGUGUUACAAUUCAUGAAUUCACCAUUCAUCAUCCGUUCUUACUGUCGGACAAUCGCCAUUACACAUUUUAUGUAUGGCGCAGGGUGUUCCUCCUCCACCCCCUCAUGCCGUACGUCCUCAUUCCUGGAUACAUGGCGUGCGCAUGGGCCUGGUAUUUGCGGAUCGGUCGUGAUCAGACCCUGCUCCAGAACCUUCUCCUCCCAGUCUUCGUGCUCCCCACGCUUAUCCCAACGCCCUUGCUGGAACCCCGAUACUUCCUCAUUCCUUACAUUCUGCUGAGGGCGCAGGUGACGGAUGUUCCCUUGUGGGCAGUGUUGGUCGAAGGGUUCUGGUACGGUGCAGUGAAUCUGGUUACUGUCUACGUUUUCCUGUACAAAGCUAGGCUGGAUGUGGGUCGCUUCAUGUGGUAG